AUCAAAAGGAAGCAAAUGUUAUCAUUAACCAGGUCCACCCCCUAUCAUUUAGCAACUAGCACAAAGAUGUGUACAUUUUUCCUCUAUAAAAUCAAGAAAGUUGGCAACCCCAUAACUCUAUCCCCCCAAAAGAUUGAACAAAAAUGUCAGUGCUAAACUACUGUUACCUCUCGGUGACCUCAACAGCCACACCAAUAUCUCAAGAUUCUUCAAAUAACUCAACCCCAUUGUCAAUUCCAACACAAUCCAAGCAGAAACCUGUGAAAUUGUCAAGUGGGGACCCACCCAUUACCACCACCACUAAGCUGAGGAAGUACUGGGGUGAAGAUGUGGAUCCUCUUACCUCUGAUGAGUUUAUAUGGAAUACAGAAUUUAUGGGGCGCAUGAAGAAGUAUGUUCAAGAUCCUCAAGAAAAUGCUCCUUCUGUAAAGGAAGAGACAUCAGGAUUUCUUAGCUUAAACAGAGUCAUGAGUCUUAACAGUUUGGAAGUUGACUUGACCAAGGAGCUCACGGCCCCUUCAGAACCUGCUCUAGAACCAGAAGUGGAAAAUACUCAAGCUCGUUUUUCUGCAUCUCCAAAAUGGCGGCCAGCACCAACACGACGCGAGCAGGAGAAGUGGGGCAAAGCUGCCAAGGCUGCAACUGGGGGCAGUGACGUGAUGUUAAGGGAAUUAAAACGCCCUCAAGGGGAUCCACAGGUUAUGGCUGCUCAGUCAAGGGAACAGUAUCUUAAGUUGAAAAAUAAAUUGCUGUUCCUCACAGUUGGGAUUGGUGGUGUUGGUGUGAUUUCAGCUUAUAUUUCUUAUUCUCCUGAAAUAGCAGCAAGUUACGGUGCAGGGUUGAUUGGUUCUUUGAUGUACAUGCGUAUGCUUGGAAAUAGUGUGGAUUCUAUGCGGUCAGAUGGACCCAGAGCACUUAUCAAGUACGCUUUUGAUGUUUCUAGAUCUUUAGCCAAUGGCUCCCUCUCUGCAUGUUUCUUGUAUUUUAUUUGGCUUUAUGCCAUGCGGUCAGAUGGACCCAGAGCACUUAUCAAGGGGGCUGUUGGGCAGCCAAGGCUAUUGGUUCCUGUUGCUCUGGUCAUGAUUUUUAACCGGUGGAACGGGAUCCUAGUCCCAGAGUAUGGAUUCAUGCACCUCGAGUUGAUACCCAUGCUGGUCGGAUUUUUCACUUACAAAAUCGCAACUUUUGUCCAAGCAAUCGAGGAAGGUGUAUCAAUUAUUGGAAAUAAGACACAAGCUUAGCUCUCUACAUUUUAUGAUUUUGCAUCAACCUCUGAUGAAAAUAGUGGUUCUUGUUGCAGAGGUAAAAAAAAUGUUCAGGAAGAUGUUGGAUUCGAAAGACGAGCUACAACAUGGAUACUGGUUUACUUCUCAAUUGAUGAAGUCAAAUGUUUAUAGCUUGAGUUCUUCCAUCUACCAGAUCUUUACUAAAUCUUGCUCUAAGUUUCAUUGAUCCUCUCAAGUUUCUUAUCCUGUUGAAGGCUUACGAAUAGUUUUCUCCAGAAAAAAAAUCGAGAUAUUUUGACUAUCAAUUGAAAGUGUAAAUUCUUCCUGUUAAUGAACGAUUCUCAAGAGUU